ACGCUCUGCGCUCCAUCCGUCCAUUCAGCCCCCACAGUCAGCAAAACACACGUCAGAGCGCAGGUCCACGGCAAACGAAUCCUGCAGAGCUCUGUGUAUGUGUGUUGAUGUGUGUGUGUGUCAUUGUCAGGAGGAGAGAGAGAGAGAGAGACAGCGUGGACUAGCUGCUUUUGAACCACUGCAGGAGCAUUAAAUCUGGGACUGUCACAGAUACUGAAGGAGAGAGAGAAGACAUUCAAAGAAGGACGUUUAUCUAGCAGCACAGUUAUGGAGACUCAUCUCUGCUGUCCACCAGCGGAUCAAACUAGAAGCAAAGGACAGAAAAGUCAGCCGGCGUAUUGACUUUAAUCUUCUGGUGGAAGAACGCAAUUAUAUUCCCUGACAGUUUGCUCUCAGAAGGUGAAGAUUAGGAGUGGAUUUUCCUUCUUUCUUUCCUUUUUCUUCUUUGUUUCAGUUAAUUGCUCUGCUUUUGGGGCAUCCUCACCCUCUCCACAAAGUCGUCACCUCUCUCAGAUCCUUCCUUUCCUUCCCAACAUCUUCUCUGCAUGCUUUUUCACUGCUCUGCAGGUGAACACACUCAUGGUGGAUUCCAAGGGAAGGAACAUGAAAUGUCUGACGUUCUUGUUGAUGCUUCCAGAGUCAGUUAAGAGCAAGUCCAGUAAAAGCUCCAAAAAGGGGAGUCCCAGCAGCUCGUCCAAGCUGCCCCCUGUGUGCUAUGAGAUCGUCACCUUGAAAACCAAGAAGAAGAAGAAGAUGGCAGCAGAGAUCUUCCCCACUAAGAAGCCUGCAUCGGCCACCACGGUGCAGCAGUACCAGCAGCAGAACCUGAACAACAACAACACCAUUCAAUGCUGCAACUGGCAGGGUCUGUACUCCACGAUCAGGGAGAGAAAUGCUGUGAUGUUCAAUAAUGAACUGAUGGCUGACGUUCACUUUGUUGUCGGUCAGUCCGGAGGAACUCAGAUUCUCCCGGGACACAAGUAUGUCCUUGCUGUAGGUAGCUCGGUUUUCCAUGCCAUGUUUUAUGGAGAGUUGGCAGAGGACAAGGAUGAGAUCCGUAUCCCUGAUGUAGAACCUCCAGCCUUUCUGGCUAUGUUAAAGUACAUUUACUGUGAUGAAAUUGACUUAAGUGCUGACACAGUACUGGCAACAUUAUACGCAGCCAAAAAGUACAUAGUCCCGCACCUGGCUCGGGCUUGUGUCAACUUCUUGGAAACAAGUUUGAGUGCAAAGAAUGCGUGUAUUCUUCUAUCUCAGAGCUGUCUGUUUGAAGAGCCAGACCUGACGCAACGCUGCUGGGAAGUUAUUGAUGCCCAGGCUGAGCUGGCUCUUAAAUCCGAGGGCUUUUGUGACAUUGACGCUCAGACCUUGGAGAGCAUUCUCAGCCGGGAGACACUGAACGCUAAGGAGAUUGUAGUGUUUGAAGCAGCACUAAGCUGGGCGGAGGCUGAAUGUCAGCGGAGGGAGAUAAACACAACUAUCGACAACAAACGCAAGGUAUUGGGCCAAGCCGUCUACCUGAUCCGUAUACCAACCAUGGGUCUUGAUGAUUUCGCAAAUGGUGCUGCGCAAUCAGGAGUGUUAACGCUAAACGAGACCAAUGAUAUUUUCUUAUGGUACACGGCGGCUAAAAAACCCGAGCUGCAGUUUGCCUGCCAACCUCGCAAGGGAUUGACACCACAAAAGUGCCAUCGCUUCCAGUCGUGCGCCUACCGCAGCAACCAGUGGCGUUAUCGCGGACGCUGUGACAGCAUUCAGUUUGCUGUAGAUAAGCGAGUGUUUAUCGCGGGUUUCGGGCUUUACGGUUCAAGCUGUGGAUCUGCGGAGUACACUGCCAAGAUCGAGCUGAAACGGCAAGGAGUCGUUCUGGGAAUCAAUCUUAGCAAGUACUUUUCAGAUGGAUCCAGCAACACCUUCCCAGUUUGGUUCGAGUAUCCAGUUCAGAUCGAGCCUGACACUUUCUAUACAGCCAGCGUGGUUCUGGACGGAAAUGAACUGAGUUAUUUCGGACAAGAGGGUAUGACGGAAGUUCAGUGUGGAAAGGUGACCUUCCAGUUUCAGUGCUCUUCGGACAGUACCAACGGCACAGGAGUGCAAGGCGGACAAAUUCCAGAGCUCAUUUUCUAUGCCUAAGUUUCUCUUGAAAAAAAAAAAAAAAAUGCCCACCUUACCAGUGUGAAAUAGCUUUACAUUACAUACAAUAUAUGUUUUUGUAUUACAUGGCAGAAUUCAACUUCUCCAAUGCUGUCAGCUCGAGCAAACCGAGACAUAACAAGCAUUACAAGGUCCUUGUUUUGAGCUCUGAAUAGUUUUCCGGCGGCUGUCAAAGCAUGAACAGUAUUUCCUCCUUGUCUUAACAGUGAAUUAAAUAUUUUAUUUUGUGCUAUGCAUAAAGCAGCACCUGUUUACAAAGGAAAAUCUCAUUUCAGUGGGAUAUAAGUUGUUGACUAAGCUCCUAGUUGGGUGCCACAACCUGGCUGAUUUAAAAUAGUUUUCAUCCAUUUAAUUUGAGAGGGGACAUUGUACAGUAUAUAUUUAAAUGUGUGAACUAAAUUAUAAAUAUAUAUAAAUAUAUAAAUAUUAUCACUCCAUGGCUAUGUCUACAGUUUAUAAUGACUAUACGCCAUGUUAGUGAACGCUUGCACAUGUAUAUUGUAGCAAUAGUGAACAAAUUAUCCUAACUCAUGAUAACAGACUAACUUCAGUAUUUCUCCACAUCACAAUUCAAGGCAAUCAGAUACCUAACACCAAAGUUACUGUCACCAUAACUCGUUUUUGAUUAAAUAUCAUUGUCAAGCAGUAUCUUAGAUUUCAUGUAGAUUUAGAAGCAUAAAUCCACUUUUCGGAUCAGUCAUAAUGAGAAAUAGUAUAAACAUAUGUAGAGUUUGCACUGGAAUAAACUAUUUUCAUUCAGAGUCUUUGACCCUGCAUUAACCUUACUCAAGACAGACGUCAUAUUUAAUGUUUUGUAAAUGAAAACAAUGCUGUGAGGGAGAAAUGUUUGGGUUAUACGAUAUAUGUAUAUAAAUAAAUUACAAAAAAAAAAUUUUUUAAUUAAACAAGACAUUGCUGUACAUUAACAGUUUUCAUUUUUGGAAGAUUAAUAUGGCCCGACUGAGGUCAGUGGAAUCACAUUUACAGUGCAUCUUGUCAGUGCUUCAUGUCAGUUUAAUAAAGUGCACUAAGAAACUAACUGAACAAACACACACUACUGUUAAUUCAGCUGAAAUAACAGGUUACAUAUUCACAGGCACCACCAUCACACAAUGUGACGUUUUGGGAUAUUGUGUUAUCAUUUCCACCUCUAUAAGUGUUGUGUUCUUGCCUAAUUAGCAGCAUAAUUAGCUGUCACCCAACAAACCCGUCUUCACGCUACUAAAUGGGAUGUUGUCAACUAACAUUAUAUCACAUGUUUGUAAAGACAAGAUAGUUCAAGCAUUUUAUUUUGUAUUGCAUUGGGCUGUAAUUACCAGCAUUGAUGGUUCCCCGUCUUAUUUUCAUUAAGGUGUCAAAAGCAGCAAGGAAGCAGAACGCUAAUUCUAUUCCCUGCAUGCUGAACUUUUAGUGACAGACAUAAUAGCGAUGAGCAGAAAACAAAUAAUUGCUCUUUAAACUUAUCAAGAAAUGACCAGUCACAUUUAACUGGCACAAUCUAAUAUUACAGCUUCAUUCUAAUUUUACACAGUGAGCAUGACAGCAGAAUAUUAGGUCUGUGAAUCACGUAAGCACUGUACUGAAGUCAAAACGCUAUGGUUAUACAGAUCACCAACAAAGUGCACUUUAAAAUGUGCUUGAACAACAAUUUUUAUACAUUAAAAUCAACUAAAUUGGGUUCUUUUACGGACGUUUGUGUGUUGAGAUUUUGUUAAUGUCUUUUUUCAUCACAUGAGCUACCUUAAUCUUUGUGCACUACUUAGAAGAGGUCAUUAAUGGAGCUUGCUAUGUGUUUAUGAUGAACACUUCUGUGAAUGUGUACAAAGCAUUUGUUUGUGUGUUACAGUACAGAGAGACUUAUGAACGUGUAUGAUAGUUGAACAUGCAAAUAAACUGAACAAGCAGUUCUAUAAUGACAUCAA